UAAGGUGAAUUUUCAAGUUGCCGCGAAAAGAAAGAAAUUCUCGACAGAUAGCGCUAUAGACAAGAGGAAUUAUCAUAACCUUUUAAAUCUUUCAAACAUAGGGAGGUAACGCGAACAAUAAACAUGAUCGAAAUAAUUGUUUCUACAUAAACGAGAUUUUAUAUCAAUUAGAGAGAGAUAUAUAUAUGUAUAAAAAUCAACCAUGAGUGAAUUUAAAGUACAUCAUUUGAUAAGAGAAUUGAUUGAAUCACUUGGUUCAGAAACUGCUCCAGAAGAACAUGUAGAGAAACUACAGAAAGAAAGUUCAACAACAAAUGCACUAAAUACUGUUGCUCCUCAAAGUUGCAUUCAGCAUCUUUCCAAACAUUCAUUACAACCAGAAUUAUUUAUACAAAAGUAUGAAGAACUAAAGUCUAAAAAGGUGGAUUUACUAGGUCCGUUUAUGCAAACUCUGGAACUAAUAUCUCAAGAUAAGGAUUUAAUAAAGUUUUUGUCAAGAUCUGCACCAGCAUUAACUGCUAGUUCUACAAAAAAUCAAGUCAUUACACAAAAAGAUUUGCCAAAGAUCUGCAAAAAUGUGAUGAAAGCUGCUGUCGAAGGAGGAAAGAAAUUAAAUCAGCAAGCAGUUGGUAAAAAGAAUGAUACCUUAACAAUACACAAUUGGGUGGCAGAACGUCCACGUAUAACUUGGGACUUUUAUAGUGACACAACUGUAGCACUUUAUCAAAAAGUUGUUCCUGUUAUAUCUCAAGAGUCUAUACUUCUGUGGGAUAUCCUGUAUUGCUUAAAAGGCAUAGAUGGGUCAUACAUAGUUUCAGAACCUUUAACAACUCCCUAUGGUGUUAAGACAUUUGCUAUAUCAUCAGAUAUUAGUAUAUCAUUUAAGCAACUUGCACAACAGAUAUUACCUUUAGGUUCCUGUUAUUCUAUGACAGUGAGAUUUGUAGAGGAGAAAGUCUCCCCAGAUGAUGGACAAGUUAAUCAUGCCUUGAGAGGAGCUAUACGAUCUUUACUGAAGGAUUACUUGCUUUUUGUUGUGCAACUUGAGAUGGAACAUGUCCAUGGCAAAUUAAAUUUACAAAAGUUAUGGUUUUAUAUCCAGCCUACUAUGAUUACAAUGUCUAUACUUGCUCAGAUUACAUCCACAAUAUGCAAGGCAAAUGCUAGAGGUGGGAAAGUGUUGAGCCUCCUCCAUGAACAAACAAUGAACAAUAUCAGUGGUGAAACCAAGUCCAAAGAACUGUGUCUGUAUUUGAUGCAAGCAGCGAGCAUGCCGUAUAUGCAAAUUUUAGAAAAAUGGCUUUAUAAGGGGAUGAUAUGCGAUCCAUACCAAGAAUUCUUUGUAGAGGAUAACGAAUUGGUUCAAAGAGAAGAACUUCCAGUGGAUUAUUCUGCAGAUUACUGGGAGAAACGAUAUACCAUGCGGCCGGAAAGGAUACCUGUGUUUUUAAGCGAGCACGCACAAACAAUACUUAGAACAGGAAAAUAUUUUAACGUCAUUAGGCAAUGCGGUGCGUUCAUCAAGAGUAAAACAGUACAAUGGGGGAAACAAGAGCCUUUGAGUUACCAACAUCAAGGACAGAAAUACAUAGCUGCCAUCGAUAGAGCAUAUUCAGAAGCUGCUAAAAAAUUAUUGGAAGUACUUAUACAUGAAAACGAUCUGAUGGGCAGACUGCGUAGCGUAAAAAGUUAUUUUCUUCUCGCUCAAGGAGAUUUUAUAGUUCAAUUUAUGAAUCUCUGCGAGGCAGAGUUAAGUAAAAGCAUGUAUGAUGUCGUGCCACAUCGUUUGGCAUCUCUCCUCGAAGUUGCAGUGCGAAUGUCCACUGCCGAUUCAGAUCCUUAUAAGGACGAUCUGAAACCUGAGUUACUUCCGUAUGACUUGCAAUACCAAAUGUUUAGAAUACUUUCGAUUCAAACCAGAGAUGAGAAAGAAUACUGCCUUCAGGCAGGUAAAACUCUAACUGGUUUAGAAGCUUUUGUCUUCAAUUACGAUGUCAAAUGGCCAGUUUCUCUAAUUAUUAAUAGAAAAGCGAUAGCUUGUUAUCAAAUGUUAUUUAGGCACUUGUUCUCUUGCAAACACGUUGAAAGGCUUUUGUGCAGAGUAUGGGUUAGUAAUAAAAUUGCAAAAACUUUUACGCACGAAGUGGCAAUGGCUUACAGACAAGCAUUCUCAUUACGACAAAGAAUGUUAGAUUGUAUACAACACUUGGAGUAUUACAUGAUGGUGGAAGUCGUCGAGCCAAAUUGGCUAAAAUUUAUAAAUAAAAUGAGCAAAGUUAGUAACGUUGACGAUGUACUGAGCGUACACCAGGACUUGCAGGACAGUUAUUUGAAAGAGUGUAUGUUAACGGAUCCCGACCUUCUCGGCUGUAUUACCAAUAUAUGUGCUAUAUGCGUAGAAUUCUGCAAUUUUAUGCAGCAUAUGAGCCGCUACUACAUUGAUGCUGAAUUGACAUCCAUGAUUGGUGCCUGUCAGGAAGAUGUCUAUGAAUAUGAGGUUGAAAAUGGUGUCGCAACAAAAGACGGGGCAGGAAGCUUUGAAGAAACAAUUGUAUCAUUAGAUGAAAAAUUUACUCAAGUAUUGCUACGUCUUCUAGAUCGAAUUUGUGAUUUGGGUUGUCAUAACAAUAAUGAAAAGCUACUUAAUGUCUUAUGUCGGCUCGACUUCAACUUAUUUUACACCGAUAUACUGAUAUGCCGAGGAAGAGAGACGACUGUCACGCGGCAAGAUGUAUCUGGUUAAUAAUUAUGCGUUAUUCGCGUAACUUGUUCAUUGCUGUCGCUGAUUUACUCUCAACAUGUAGAUUUGUGACAAUAAUCUGUUGAUAUAUAAAGAGAAGAAUUUUAAUUAUUUUCUAUACAUAUAAUAGAGAUCAUAUUAAUUUUCGCAAUGACCACAAUAACGUAUCUGCUUGUUGAUUAUAUUUGCUAACGUUGAUUGUAUUUAUUAACAAAAACAAUAUUCUGGCUACAAAUAGAUCUUCAGAAAAGAUCUUCGUAAAAGAUCUGCUUAUAAUUAUAACAGUACAAAUUGUAAUAGAAUGUAACAUAUAUAUGUAUAUAUAUUCUUUUUUAUUGCAAUAUAUAUAUACAUAUAUAUAUAGUAAUAAAAUGCAACAUACAUAUUAAA